AUGCCUGAGGACGGUGGCGACAGCAGUGCUGUACAGCAGCAGCUGCAGGAUGUCCGGCACAUCCAAGCUUCUGGUGGUGCAUUUGCUGCAAUACGGGGCGAUGGAUCUGUUGUCACAUGGGGGAAUACUCACUAUGGUGGCGACAGUAGCUACGUCCAGGAGCAGCUGAAGAACGUCCAGCAGAUCCAAGCUUCCGGAGAUGCAUUUGCUGCAAUCCUGGGUGAUGGAUCUGUUGUCACAUGGGGCAAUGAUGACCAUGGGGGCGACAGCAGCUCCGUACAGGAGCAGUUGAAGACUGUUCAACGAAUCCAAGCCACUGAUGUUGCAUUUGCAGCUAUCUUGGCUGACGAAUCUGUCGUCACCUGGGGUAAUGCAGAGCUGGGUGGCGACAGCAGUGCUGUGCAGCAGCAGCUGCAGAAUGUCCAGCAGAUCCAAGCUACCGCUUACGCAUUUGCUGCAAUCUUGAGUGAUGGAUCCGUGGUUACAUGGGGCGAUGCCGACUGCGGUGGCGACAGCAGUGCCGUACAAUCACAGCUCAAGAACGUGCAGCAGAUCCAAGCUUCUGGAGGUGCAUUUGCUGCAAUCCUGCGUGAUGGAUCCGUGGUCACCUGGGGUGAUGCCGAUUUUGGUGGCGAUAGCAGUGCCGCACAGGAGCAACUGAGGAAUGUGCAACGGAUCCAAGCUGGUAAUCAAGCGUUUGCCGCAAUCUUAGGUGAUGGAUCUGUGGUCGCCUGGGGUAAUUCCGAGCUGGGUGGCGACAGCAGUGAGGUGCAGGAUCAGCUUCGAGAUGUGCAGGAAAUCCAAGCUUGUGUUCACGCAUUUGCUGCAAUUCUGGGUGAUGGAUCUGUGGUCACCUGGGGCGAGGCUGACGCCACAGCUGUACAGCAGCAGCUGAAGAAUGUCCAGCAGAUCCAAUCUUCUGCUCGUGCAUUUGCUGCAAUACUGGGCGAUGGAUCUGUUGUCACCUGGACCUGGAAGUUUGGUGCCGUACAGGAGCAGCUGAAGAAUGUGCAACACAUUCAAGCCUCAGAGGUCGGAUUUACUGCGAUCUUGGGUGACGGAUCCGUGGUCACCUGGAAUGAUCCAUGGCGGUGUUGA